CCAACAUCUCUGUGAACUCAUUUUGUAGUUGAAUAGACACAAACACACAUACACACACACACAGUAGGAUUAUGGCCUCUUCAGUGACUGGGAAUGGGCUUCCGAGUGGGUGUAAGAUUUUCACCACCAUGCCUGACAUCCUCUUCAUCCCAGAAUUUAUCUUUGGAGGUCUGACAUGGUGUCUGGUUGCUUCUACUCGAGUGGAUCCUGCGAACCCUCAGGGCUGGGUGAUGUUUGUCUCCAUCUUCUGCUUUGUCUUCACCACACUGUAUUUCAUCAUUUACCUUGCUGGAGGAAACCAGAGCAGUGUGUGGCCUGGCCUGGACGUCGCGUAUCAUUUCAUCGCAGUUCUUUUCUAUCUGAGCUCAUCAGUAUCUCUGGCCUAUGUCACGCUCUUCUACAAGGAGAGUUUAAAUCAAGGAAAUGAUGUACUGAAGUCGUAUCAGGAGAACAUCUCUGCUGUGGUGAUGUCAUUUGUAGCCACACUUCUCUACUUCCUCCAUGCCAUCUUCUCUGUGCUCCGGUGGAAAUCCUCCUGAAAAGCAGCAUUUAAAAAAUAUAUAAAUAAAAAAAAAAAAAAAAAACAACCAUCGUCACCUCAAAGACACAAGAUUACACAAAACUACACAAAAUUUACUUAAAACUAAACCCGAACCACAAAAAGAUUUAAACCAGUCCCGUUGUAAAAGAGUAAAGUGUCCAGUAGGGGGAAGCAGGGAGCAUUAACACUGAUGAGGUUUGUGCUGAUGUUGUGAAGGUUGAAAGACCAGAUCCCCGAAUCUCCCUUCUAUAAAUAAACAGUAAUACAGGAAGAGCUCGAGGUAGAUUUCUCUCAUACCUUUGUUCAUUUUACAGAAUCUAUUCUUUUACUGUACCAUUUGUUCAAUUUUUCAAACAUUUAAAGACCAGCAUGAGACACACACACACACACACACACACACACACACAUUAUUAUUAUUCCUGUUUGUUCUUGAGUUGUUUGAUUUUGUGUGUUUCCUGAACUGUUCUGAUCUUAGAGUCGCCGCUGAUUCUCCAUCAAUAAACUAGUUUUAUACACAGA